GCUGGUUAAGUAGGAAAAAAAUGUUUCAAAGAGGAACGGCACCACCUGCAUGUCCAAUACCGUCAUCAUCUUGGACUGCACAACACGUCCCUGCAGAUGAAGUAGUAGAGCUAGAGCUGCACAGCAUGUCCGGUUCUUCUACUACCAGCAAGACCAUUAGCAAAAGGAGAUUUAACGAUGAUCAGAUCAGGUACUUGGAGAGUAUGUUUGAGGCAGAGUCGAGGCCGGAGUUACGGGUAAAGCAACAGUUAGCUAACAAGCUUGGCCUCCAGCCUCGCCAGGUUGCUAUAUGGUUCCAGAACAAGAGAGCUCGAUCAAAGUCAAAGCAAAUUGAGCAAGACUACAGCGUCCUAAAGGCUAGUUAUGACGACCUGGCCUCUAAGUUUGAGUCCCUGAAGAAAGAGAGUGAAUCCCUACACGUUGAGGUACAGAAACUCAGGCAACUUACUAUAAGAAGCGGCAAAGAAGAAUACGGGAGAGAGGACAUCGAGCUGGAAGCUGAUCAAACAACAGAGUUUCUACUAAAGGCGAGCAGCAGCCACGAACAGCGCAGUGCAAUCUGUGAUGAAAACUUUACCAGGAGUACAGAUUACCUGGUAGAAGCAACUAAUUCUCUUUACAUGGCACAGUUAGCUGAUGGUUCCUUAACGUCAACAGAGGAUGGAUGCAGCUUCGAGGCCAAUGAUCUUAUAGAUAAUUCAAGUUGCAACUCACAGUUGUGGGAGUUGUGAACUUUGUCCAGGAAAAUGGCAACGAAUGCAAGCAUCCACCGUACAUUCAGGCGUUCUGGUCUUUGGCAUGACAAUUUGGAUGGCUCUUCUAUUCCCUGACACACUCGGAGGAGUCAGGUGUAAGCUGGAUGCCACUGAUGCUCCUGAGGACAACUACACCUUCCCCUCAACAGACGUUCGUAGGCAGAAGAUUCUUGUCAUACCCUGAUCAUGCGGCUGAUCCCAGUAGAUUUUAUGCACUGCAUUCUCCUUAGAGCUUAAUUUCCUAGUUGCCAUGCAGAUCCAAUUUUCUAAGCGCAUUGUAGAUGUAUUUAUAGUCCACCCGAUAGCCAAUAAUAUGAUACGAGACACAAAUCCUGCAUCGUAAUGUUUUGUUUGGUUUUGAGGCGGGGAAAAUUUUUGAAUCCUAGAAGAUACUUCCCCAGUA